UUUCAGGCUCUUCUAUUCGAAGUCAAUAACUCAGAUGCCAAACCUAUUGAAAAAAGACAGUAUCCAUCGCAAACGAAUAAAUAGAUAUGGGAAUGGGACAUAUCUGGAACCCGUUUCAGUGUAAUAGACUCAGUAUCCCGGCUCAGAAGACAAGUCUGAUCUCAUCGUCGGACCUCUCUCUCUUUGCAGCGAUUAGAAGAAAAAGAGUGGAAAGGCAAGUUCACGCAAUGAUUUGAUGUUCUUAUAAGAACCCUAUUUCUGCAGAAAGUAACAACAGAUGAAGACGAAAACCAAGCAAAUCUGAUGAAUAGGGAUCAACGAGUUGUCGUUGAGGAUGACAAUGGAUGAUCCAGUAUAUCUCCUUAACCAAGGAAACACAGUAGAGAUACGGCUUUUCUAGGGUUGGAUCCCGAUUCUCGGCUGUGAUUUCCUUGAUUAAGAAGAUAGGAAUGGAUCAGAGAUCUGAAGGAAAGAAGAAGACGUGAGACUGUGAAAAUGGCAAAAUGCCGUGUGGUAACUGAGGAGCCGGCGGCCGGGUGAAAGAUGUGGGCAGCUUUGGUGUGCAAGAUUGUAGCAUAGCUUGAACUCUGGAGCAAGUGGGUCAAUCUGCAACUCCUCUCAAAUGGGCCUCAUCCAGCUAGCACGAGUAUCCAGAAGAUUCACCAUUACCAGCUUCGUCAACUCUCCAAAUCUUUUCCCUGCUCCUAGUUCUCAUUGUUGUUCUAUUCCAUCCAUUCCUAGUUCCCUACUUUCUGUAGGAAGUUCAAUUUUCUAUCAAUAUGUGAAACCCCUGGAGCAAAACACAUUUGGAUCUGUAAGAAAUCAUCCUUCACAGGGCUACCACACCUCCAUUAGUGAUAGCAUAAUGCAAGCAGAAGCAUUUUCUGAAGCCAAAGACAUGAACCCAGAUAAUGUUAAAGGUCUCACAGCUGAAUCGAUAUGUAAAAUUUUAUCAAGCAGACCUAGUUCUAGUGUUGAGGAGUCUCUCAGUAAUAUUUCAGUGGAGGUUUCACCAGAACUGGUAGUUGAGGUCUUAAAGAAGCUAAGCAAUGCUGGUAUUCUUGCACUAUUGUUCUUUCGUUGGGCAGAGAAGCAAAAAGGGUUCAAAUACAGUACAGAGAGCUACAACGCUUUGAUUGAGGCAUUGGGUAAGAUUAAACAAUUCAAGAUGGUAUGGAAUAUGGUUAAUGACAUGAAACAUAAAAAGUUGUUGACUAAAGACACUUUUGCAUUGGUUGCACGGAGAUAUGCAAGGGCUAGAAAAGUCAAAGAAGCAGUGGAGACAUUUGAGAAGAUGGAGCAGUUUGGGAUGAAGCUGGAAGUUUCAGAUUUUAAUAGAUUGAUUGAUGUUUUGAGCAAGUCAAGGUGUAUUGAGAAAGCGCAAGAGUUAUUUGACAAAAUGAAGAAAAACAGGUUUGCACCUGAUGUCAAGUCCUACACAAUAUUGCUAGAAGGGUGGGGUCAGCAACAAAAUUUGCUGAGGCUCAAUGAGGUCUAUCGGGAGAUGAAGGAUGAAGGUUUUGAGCCAGAUAUUGUUAGCUAUGGCAUUAUCAUCAGUGCAUAUUGUAAGGCUAGAAAAUAUGAUGCAGCUAUUGAGUUCUAUCAUGAGUUGGAAGCCAAAAAUUUGAGGCCUACUCCCCAUAUAUUCUGUACUUUGAUUAAUGGGUUGGGUUCUGAUAAGAGAUUGGAUGAGGCUCUCAAUUUUUUUGAAAAAUUCAAGGCUAGUGGUUUUGCCCCAGAAGUACCAACCUAUAAUGCUGUCGUUGGGGCUUAUUGCUGGUCAAUGAAGAUGUAUGAGGCAUACAGGAUGAUUGAUGAAAUGAAAAAAUGUGGGGUUGGUCCAAAUUCUCGAACAUUUGACAUAAUUCUACAUCACUUGAUAAAGGCUCGAAAAACAAAGGAAGCUUUCUUAGUUUUCCAGAGAAUGAGUAGUGACUCCAGUUGUGAGCCUACUGUGAGCACUUACGAGAUCAUAGUGAGGAUGUUUUGUAAUGAAGAACGAGUUGAUAUGGCAAUCAGAGUUUGGGAUCAGAUGAAGAUUAAGGGUAUUCUUCCCGGAAUGCAUAUGUUUUCCACCUUAAUCAAUGCAUUACGCCUUGACAACAGAUUAGACGACGCUUGCAGAUACUUUCAAGAGAUGUUGGAUGUAGGCAUUCGACCUCCUGGCCCAAUGUUUAGUAACUUGAAACACGCUCUUCUUGAUGGAGGCAGGGAGAAUACAGCUAAACUAUUGUCUCAACAGAUUGAUAAAAUUAGGAAAACUCCUAUCAUUGGAUGACGCUGGAAUAUACAUCACAAGAAUCCCAAGGGACGCCUAAGGUCAUCUCAUCCAUCUGUACCAGUCAUUGAGCUAUUUUUGGUGUGUGAUCCACUAAGGAUCAUUGCCUAGGUGGGCGGCCUCUGAGGAGGGCCAAAGGAAGAAGCUUUUCGGAAAUUUGAUCCGUUGUAUCUUGCCAAACAACUGACCCUUCUCUUACAUUUGCCUUUCCACUGAAUACUUCAGCCGUUCUAACCUCCAAGUUGGUCACCCUAGAGAUGAGUUCUCUUCCAUUGUUUCCCAUCUCCAAUCACCAUUGCAUUACAUGUUUUCUCCGGAAAAUAUCAGCUUUUGUGGUUUCUCUUCUGUUGACAACAGCUGAACUGCGGGUUAUUAUCACUGUUUGCAUUCUGCAUGGAAUGAAGGUUCCAUAAAGGCUCUGAUCUCCAUUGAUAUCUUCGGUAGAUAUAUGGCAAAUCGGUAGGGACUAUAGUUCAGUAAGACCCUUUCCGGCGGCUGAUAAAUGAAAUUAGAGGCUGAUUGGCAUGUUCAGAUCUGACUUAUAGCAGUGAAGUCAGCUCCUGCACACGGACUGGUUGGCAAAAUCUCUUCUCCG